AUGGCCUCCGUCAAAGAUUCAAUACCACAUAUCAUCAGGACUGCUGAAGAGCCUCGUCAGCAAGGUGUAUGGUCGGCACGACUGAGCAAAGUUGACCAGGUCAACUCUAAGAUACGGCUAUUGAGGCUCAGUUUGCCCAAGGAUGGGCCGCCCCUCCGCCACCUCCCAGGUCAAUACGUAGACCUGUAUAUCCCGAACAUCGAUGUCGUUGGAGGCUUCACCAUCACCUCUCCUCCCCAAGCGUCUGUCCAGAGCCAGGAAGAUCCGCACAUUGAAUUGGCAAUUCAAGACUCCCCGUCAAACCCUCCCGCGGCAUACCUAUGGCGUCCCGUGUCAGACAUCCUCGACUCGACCGUGAGUUUCAGGGUGGGAGGCAGCUUCGUCUAUCCACCGCCAACCCUCAAGCGAGAAGAACGCGAAAGAAUUGACAGAGUGGUCUUCGUGGCCGGAGGAGUCGGGAUCAACCCAAUCAUGAGCAUGAUCUCAGCCAUGCACGAAGCCGGGGCCAAUAGACUGGGCGGGAUGCCCAUGGAAGUAAGCGUCCUUUACAGCGCACGACGGGAAAAGAACGCAGAGACCGACCAAGAGGAGGACAUCCUGUUCGCGACCAGACUCGCCGAUAUUGCACAUCACUGGAAACACCACGUGCAAGUAAACUUCCGAUACACGCAGUUCAUCACGGGGGUUAAAUCCGAAGAGCCUACGGACAGAUCGGAGGCUAGGCGCUCCUUCGCGGCAGCAAUAAAGACUCGAUUUCCCGAUCGGCCCGAAAUCUCCGACCAAUACUCCCAGAUCAUGCAGAACUACGUGAGCCGGAGUCCGAACACGGUCUCCUGGCGGAACACGUACUCGCAACUGUCGCGGCUGUUCAAUUCUGCGGGGGCGCCCGACCUGCUGGAGCGGUACAACGAGAUUGACUCGGGGCCUGGAGUCCAACCAACGCAAUAUAGACGCAUUCAGGAGCAUGAUCUCGAGGAAGCUCUCGGCCCAGAAGACCGCAGGGACACCGUGAUCGUGUACGUGUGCGGCUUGCCAGCCAUGACGGACCAGUUCGUCGCGUGGUUCCGGACCCAGCGCGGGAUGGAAGAGAAGAGAGUCCUCUGUGAGAAGUGGUGGUGA